AUGCGAGGUGGGCGUGACCAACGUAUCAGGCCGGCGGCGGGGAACGUCGGCGGGACAGCGCUGCGCCGAGCGGGGCCGAACCGAGGGGCGCUGCCCGGCCCUCGGGCUCAGGAGCUACUGACAAUUCUCCUGGGACUGGUGACUGCUGCUCUCUUGGCAUUGGAACAUCAAGGGGCUUGGAAUUUUGUCAAGUCUGUCUUCCACUUCAGAUUUUCCUUUCUGGAACACCACAAAACAACAACUAGUAUUCACUUGCACAUCUCCACCGAGGACUUUAUACCUACAGUAGCUAUGAACAAAAACCAGCUGAGUCCUGUGCCCCAGACUGCAUUCACUCCUAAGCCAUCCAGCAGCCCGUCCAGUGGCGGUGAGCAAGUCCACUCCUCCGUCGCCUCUCCAGCAAGCGGCUUGGCAGCCAGCCCUUCUCCUGCAACAGGUUUGACGAUUGUGCAGAGUGUGUCCUGCCCUGGUACUUAUAUCCAGAUCCCCGUGACCGCUGAGGUAUGUUGUGUCUCCACAUUCUCCUUGCCCGCAAUCGUCCAGAAGAAGAUCUACGGAGGAACCUGCAAUGUGCCCAAGGGCUGCUGUAGUAGCAAGUCCACCACCGCCAUUUACAUCUGUCCAGUCAACCCCGUUAAGCUGUCUGAGGCAAAGUGCCUCAUGCCUUUGAUGCACAAACCAUUGCAAUCGGACAAUAGAGCUCAGAGUGUGACUGAUUCAGUGGAGAAGCCCAUUUCCUCCUCAGCAGCUGAAGUGACAAGUAAGGAAACUUCCUCAAGGAGACAAGACAAAAUGAAUCGGGCUGAAAAGGAAGGUACUGCCACCCCAACACCUGUUUCUGUUAGAUUUUGCAACAACCUGGCCUCUGAGGUGCUGAAAACUUAUGUGAAACAGCAGGGAAAACAGAACAGCAUGGAGGAUAUAAUGCAGACUUAUUUCAACAAUCCGUUGGAUGUCAAGACUGCAAGUUCAUUCAAGGACAAUGCUCUGCUCCUCUUCAAUGGACAACUCUUUUUCCUAGCCCACAAAGGUGUUGAUAUGUCCAUUGGGGCAGAUAAAGGAAAGCUGCCCACAAAGGAAUCGGGGACAGACGAGUCAAAAGUGGCUCAAGGUGGGCCAGGGCACUUUAAACAAAGAAUUGACACUGGCCAUACCUCAACAAGCUCUUCGGGUUUAGGACGUGAUACUGAUUCGAGUGGAACAAGAUGUGAACUGAAGGUGGAUAGGAAAGAAUGUGUUGUAAAGAGAGAUGCCAUUGCGAUAACUCGGCAAAAUGGAUUGGAGGCGCAACAGGUUGUGAAACGGUUGCCCAAUUCCCUUCCAGGAAGCUGUGUGAAAAGGCUUACGUUUUCUGAGAACAGAGCCUUGUUGCUGAAAGCAGGCAUCCAUUCUGAAGUCAGAGUUUGUCUUGAUAGAAUCUCCAUGAAUGGCAAAAUUGACGCUUCGGGUCAUCAGUUGGAACACCCCAUAAAAUGCAUCCCACAAUUUUCUAAAACCCUUGAACCGGUGAAUUUGGAAGAAUGCCCAAAACUCUCCCGAGAGAUUGAGUUGGCAAAACUCAAGGAAUGUCCAGAGAUCAUCAGGGAAUGUGACCCACUGGAGCUGAAGGAGUGUCCAAAGCUUUCAAGGGAAGUGGAUUUUGGAGAUUUGGAAGAAAAUUCAGAUACUUCAAAAAUUCCUGCCCCAUUCCCAUCCCAAGAAUGUCCAGAACUCUCCAAAGAAUCUGGGCCAGUAGUAAUGGAAGAAUGUGCAGCCAUUUCACGAGUGCCUAAAUCAGCACAAUUGGAGGGGUGCCCAAGAAUAUCAAGGGAUGCCAGUCCAGUAACACUAGAGGAACAUGGAUAUUCUAAAAACAAUGUUUCAGUGGCAUUGCGAGAUGACGGAGACACCCAUAUAAUCCCAAAGUCAGCAGACUUCAGAGAACAUUUGGAACCUACUGCGAACUUGGGCUCCGCAGAUUUGGAGGACUGUUUUCCGGAAUCAGACGAGGAAUGCCAUAGCGAAUGCAGAAGGAAGCGAAAAGAGGUUGAAAUUGAGAUUCGUAGCUCUGGCUGUGUCAUUCCAAACCUGGACAAUGAUAAAUCUGCGACUAACAAGAGGAGAAAGCACAAUGAAGGGCUCGCUUCUUCUGAAGCCUCUGAGUCCCCGAGAGAAACAUGUGGGCUCCCUAAUGUCGGAAAGCUAAAGAAUGCUGAGGCUGCUCCAAUACCACCGUAUAGUUUGCUUGAGUUGAACAAAGAGCAGAGUGAAUCAAUUUCACAAGAUGGGUUCCAUCCUCCUGAACAGGAAAACCCGCUUGAAGUGGAUGAAACGGUCAGAGAUGAGAAAAUUAAUCGCCUGAAAGAAAUUCUGAAGGAGAAACAGGCGGCUCUGGAGCGCAUGAGGAAGAAAGUAUCACCCUCCAGUUCUGAGUCGUGUUCUAUUUUGGAGCCACUGUAGUGAACAGUGUGAACCCUAAACAUUAAGUCGUUUGUUAAAUACCAACUAUCAAGUAGGUAGUGAGUGGAGGUAUCACAAGCUUUGAAAUGUGAUAAAGGAUAGUAUUACUGAAAGUUGUUGACAUUCUCGCAGAGUGUUGCGAUUGUCAAUUCUUGCUGCAGAGGUGUAGUAACCCAUUCUUGUGUAUUUAAAUCCAAUAGUUGUGAAUAGUUACUUUAUUUUAAAAUUUCUACUUGUUUUUUCUUAAAUUCCAAGAUUAAUUUGUAUUUUGCUAUCUGCGUGUAUAGAAUAUUGGGGUGUUUAAUUGAGCACUUUUUUUCUAUUGCCUCUAAAAAGAUUGUUGCUCCACACUAUUGUUCAAUAUUAAAAGGCUCUUAAAAUAAACCUGAUGAAUUUGAUUAAAAUUAGC